CUGGCUGCCUGAGUAUAUCCGUGUUAACCUGAUAAGGAGUUAUUCUAAACUCGACGAUAAACGUGUGCGGUAGCAGCAAAUAUUGCUCCCUCGGCCGCACAUUUUAUGAGUUCGUUAACCUUGAGCACAUAGCUCCCUUUGUAAGUGAUUAUCUCUCUGAACAAUAUUACUAUUUGUGGUUUGUGAAUUUAGUUAGUUAUAAUGACGUGUAUGUAUUACAGUACGAACCCUAUAAUUGACGAAUAAUUGAACUACCCUGUUUGUAUAUUGCCAAUCUCUGACAACUCCCUUUUAGGGACUAAAUUACGGCAAAUACAAUAAAGGCAUUGCAACAAUUUGUGGGGUUUGACUUAUCUCGACCAUUCCCCAUAUUUGGUGACCCUCGACGUACUUGAAAUUUCAACAUGCCGAACGAAGCAAUGCCACCACGAGAGGGUCGUUCAACCUUUUUCAAACCUCCUACUUACUCAUCUCAGCAUGCGGACAAAUUCUUCACCAUUUUGGAAGGAAGAUUCCAGCAAUUCCAAAUUGUCGAUGAGAUUGACAAAUACCUGACGCUGGCUUCCGCAUUGGACUUUGACGACUUACCUGAGGCUGCAGGAAACUUAGUGCGGAAGAUGCCUGAUGCCACUCCCUAUACCCAAUUAAAAGCUGCGUUGUUGGAGAAUCUGAAACCGCAAAAUUACGAAGCUCUCCGCGCGCGCAUGAAGGAAAUUCCUCUUGGAUCCCUCAAACCAAGUGAAUUUUUAGCCCGUCUGCGUGCAACAGCAGACGAGGCAACAUUGGCGAAUCCGAUUUUCAAAGCGGAUCUUCUAUCAAUUUGGCGCGCUGCAAUGCCUGCGGAAUGGCGACAUGUGCUUAUAGUUGAACCUGACAUAGAUGAGGCCGCUAAGAAAGCGGAUGUGCUGCGACAGUAUCAACCUCCACAGGCCGUACCUGCCACUGAAGCCGCUGCAUCAGCACCAGGUCCGUCGUGCGCGGCGCUUCGCACUUCAGGAAAUCCGGGCGAACAGCGCCUCGCUGCCCUGGAAGCUGCUGUGAAUCGUAUGACUGAGAUGAUGUACCUUAUGCAGGUGGAUAGCCCGCGCGGCAACCAAGAGCAGCGCGGUAGAAAGAAGCAGCGUGACGACCGCAGCCGCGAUCGACGUUCCUCGCGAAGCAAGUCGCGCAAGCGACGCUCUCCUUCGUGCGAAAUGAAGCUGCAAGACCCAACCCUUUGCUGGUACCACCAAACUUAUGGCGCUCAAGCUACUAAAUGCCGGCAAGGAUGCCGCCUGUUUCCAACUGCACCUAUUGCAAAUUCGGGAAACUUGUAGAGCAGAAGAACAUUGCGGCGGUUUUCUGUCAUUCUGCUUCACGCCGCCUAUUUGUUUAUGACCCUGAAACCAAAUUCACGUAUCUAGUUGAUACUGGCGCUGACUUAUGUGUCAUUCCACGUUCUCUAGUGCCAGGUACGCACAAAGAAACAGACUUCCGUGUGACGGCUGCGAAUAAUGAUUUUAUUAAGACAUAUGGCUUCACUACCCUGAAUCUCUCCCUGCAAUUAAGAAGAGACUUGCAAUGGUGUUUCUUAAUUGCCGAUGUGGCUACACCAAUACUUGGCGCCGACUUCUUAGCACAUUUUCGGCUCUCAGUCCAUUUGGAUAAUGCGACUCUCGAAGACAAAACUACUGGCAUGACCGCAAAAGGCGAAUGCCGCCUGGCUCAUAGUCCAAAAAUAAAGGUUGUAGAAACCUCCAACCAAUUUUACCUUAUCUUGAAAGAUUUUCCUGACCUGUUCCGCGAUGCUACGGUGCGCCGUCCAGUGAAACAUUCAACAGUGCACCAAAUUAUCACUUCAGCGGGACCUCCGUCCUUCGAGCGCUGUCGUCGUUUGCCUCCAGACAAACUGAAAGUUGCGAAAGAACUCUUCCAGAAAAUGGAAAAAUCAGGCGACGUACGCAGAGACAAGAGUCCUUGGGCGUCUGCCCUUCAUCUCGUCAAGAAGAAAGAUGGGACUUGGAGACCUGUCGGCGAUUACCGAAAAUUAAAUUCUCGCACUGAAGCUGAUCGUUAUCCCAUGAAACACCUGUAUGAUUGCACUGCGACGCUGUCUGGCUGUUCGAUCUUCUCUAAGCUGGAUUUGUCCCGCGCAUACCACCAAGUGCCGGUUGCACCUGAUGAUGUCGCAAAGACGGCUGUGACGACGCCAUUCGGCUUGUUUGUCUACAACUUUAUGCCUUUCGGCCUAAAGAACGCUCCAGCGACUUUUCAACGCCUCAUGGAUGAGGUUUUUGGAGACUUGUCGUUCGUCUUCUGUUAUAUUGAUGACGUCCUCAUCGCUUCUGCUACGGCCGCCGAGCACGAAAGUCACCUUCGUGAAGUGCUCGAGCGUCUGAAUAAUCAUGGCCUAAUCCUUAACCUUAAUAAAUGUGUACUUGGAGCAGAGAAAAUUGACUUUCUUGGAUAUAGAAUUUGCAAGGACGGAAUUACACCUCUACCUGAACGAGUGAAAGUAAUUAACGAGUUCUUACUACCUGCCACAGCCGAUAAACUUGCACGAUUCCUUGGUAUGAUCAAUUAUUACCGUCGAUUCAUCCCUAAUAUUGCAAAAACCCUUGUCCCACUGCACCAAUUACUCUCGGGACCUCGGAAAAGCAAGAAAGAACCUGUGAAGUGGACUGAAGCAGCGAAGAAAGCGUUUGAAAGGAGUAAAACUGAACUCGCCAAAGCAGUCUGUCUCGCUCACCCUAAAGAAAGUGCUCCACUUGCCUUAGUAACAGACGCUUCUGACUUUGCUCUUGGCGCCGUCGUACAACAACUUGUCGAUGAUAUCUGGCAACCACUUGGAUUUCAUAGUAGGAAGCUCAGCGCCGCCGAGAGAAACUACGCUCCUUAUGACAGGGAGUUACUGGCUAUCUACGAUUCUGUCAAGAAGUUUCGUUACUUGCUGGAGGGACACGAGUUUGUCAUUUAUACGGAUCAGAAAGCCCUUGAAUUUGCAUUCACGAAAAAUAGAACGGACUGUUCUCCUCGCCAGAUUCGCCACUUACAGUUUAUUGGUGAGUUCUGCACGGACAUCAGGUAUGUACCUGGGAAAGCGAACAUUGUCGCCGACGCCCUUUCCAGAGUUGACGCGCUGACGUCAAACAAAAAUAGCAUUUCCCUUUUAGAAGUAGCAAACGCGCAGAAAGAUGACCCAGAAAUUAAGGACUACCUUUUGCCAACUAGCUCGCUACGUCUGAAACAAUUUCCUGUCUCCGAUUCUAACGAGAUGAUUUGGUGUGAUACAACGACUGAAAUUGCUCGCCCUUUUCUACCACAAAAAUUUAGACGUGAAGCAUUCGAUGGUCUGCACCGACUGGCUCAUCCUGGAGUGAAAGCCUCCGUAAAGCUAGUGAUUCAACGUUUUGUCUGGCCUGGAAUGAAAAAUGACUGCAAAAACUGGGCCCGCACAUGCUUGGAAUGCCAAAAAUCGAAGAUAACUCGCCAUAACCAAGCUCCAUUUAAGCCAUUUCCUAUAAUUUCAGAACGCUUUUCUGUUUUGCAUGCAGAUCUGAUUGGUCCUCUACCGCCUUCUGAAGGUAACCGCUAUUGUCUGACGUUAAUUGACCGUUUCACACGCUGGCCAGAAGUAAUCCCUCUUGCCUCUAUCACCAGCGAAGCGGUCAUACGUGCUCUCAAAGAUGGCUGGAUUAGUAGAUUUGGUCUUCCAAUCAAGUUGAUUUGUGAUCAAGGAAGACAGUUUACUUCUAAAACCUUCAAGACGUUUGCUGAGAAAGCAGGUAUAGAAAUUCGCCAUACAAAUGCUUAUCAUCCACAGUCCAACGGCCUCAUUGAGCGAUUUCAUCGCACCCUGAAGGCCGCCCUGAUGUGCCAUUCGACGACCUGGUCAGCCGCGCUAGCACCUGUUCUUCUUGGCUUACGUUCAGCAUUGAAGGAAGACCUUGGUUAUUCUGCUGCCCAAAUGGUUUACGGAGAAAGUAUUCGCUUGCCAGGAGAGUUUUUCGUUGAACCUCAAAAUCAGAUGACUCCGACCGAAAUGCUCCUGCGACUUCAAAGUCAUCUCUCUCAUCUUUGCCCGCAACCAGUAUGGCAUAAUUCCAAGAAGAAAUUUUUUGUACAUCCUGAACUCGCAAUUUCCACGCACGUUUUGCUCCGGUGUGAGCAGCGUGCGCCUCUCACACCGCAGUAUUCUGGUCCACAUAAAGUACUGCAAAGAGGUGAGAAAUCUUUUAUUAUUGAGUACAAAGGACAGCAAAAAACCGUUUCAAUCGACCGCUUAAAACCUGCAUUCCUCGAAGCAAUUUUGCCGAAAGAGCAGAAGGAAGCACCUUGGAUAACACUGACGCCUGCAGAAAAUGUGCAGCAACCUGCCGCACAGCAACCCGAUGUGCAGCAGCCUGUCGUGCCGCAGCCCGCCGCACAGCAGCCAACUGUACAGCCGCCUGUCGCACCGCAACGUGCCGUGCAACAGCCGCCAGAUCGACCUGCAGAGCCUGCUAAUGAACCUCAACCAGGUCCUUCGUGUGCUGCUCCCCAAACACCGUCAGCCAGAAAACCAAACCCAGCGCCAAGUGCCCCACAACGCAAAACUGUUCGAAUUCAGCCACCGCCAACCAAGACUCAACCUAAAACAACUCGUUUUGGCAGAACGAUAAAGCUUCCGGACCGUUAUGGUACUUCCUCGACUUCCAGUCUUCAGUCCGGGGGCUGUAUGGUGGCUGCCGAAAGGUGGCGCUCUCUCCUACCCUGGCUGCCUGAGUAUAUCCGUGUUAACCUGAUAAGGAGUUAUUCUAAACUCGACGAUAAACGUGUGCGGUAGCAGCAAAUAUUGCUCCCUCGGCCGCACAUUUUAUGAGUUCGUUAACCUUGAGCACAUAGCUCCCUUUGUAAGUGAUUAUCUCUCUGAACAAUAUUACUAUUUGUGGUUUGUGAAUUUAGUUAGUUAUAAUGACGUGUAUGUAUUACAGUACGAACCCUAUAAUUGACGAAUAAUUGAACUACCCUGUUUGUAUAUUGCCAAUCUCUGACAACUCCCUUUUAGGGGUAAGCUUAUGUUAUUAUAUAUAUAUUGUGUUGUGUUAUAUUAAUUGAGUUAUUAUUUUAUUCUUGUCAUUUUUAUAUAUUAUAUUUUAAUAAUUGACAAUGGCCUUUUGCCUUUUUAAUGUGUUUAGUUUUAACAUUCUUUUCUAUGCAUUUAUGGAAUUUAUUAUAUUAUUUCAGACUAAAUUACGGCAAAUACAAUAAAGGCAUUGCAACAA